UAGUAUGAUGAAUUUAAUAGUUGAGGUUACUUCUUAGAUACAUUCACCUGUAUAUACUGAAGAAUCAGCUUUUGAAAUUUAUUCCACAAAAAAGACCUUUUUCUUUUGAAAUGGGGUGCUUAUAUAUUGGCAAAAGAAAAGGAAACAAAGUUAUUGAUAAUUCUCUGUGAAAAAAAAAGAAGAGUUGAGUACUAUGCAUUUGAGUAUGCUGGUCUCUGGUCUAAGCUUAUAAGCCUGUCAUCUUAUAAUUACACCAUUGCCAACACUUGUUAUUGCUGUUUUUUUUUUCUAACACACCACCAUACCUCAUCUGUGUUUUUCUUUAGCUUUUCGCUUGAAGAACAAUGCAAGUUCUUGCAGGGAAACUGGUUUCUUUCACCAUGUUCAUACUACUCGUCCCAUCGUUUGUAAUCUCAAUUGAUGAAGACAACAAUGACAACAUUAAAAAGGUGAUCAGUCAUAAACUGAUGUUUGAGAUUACACUGCAUGGAUUCCUCCUUUGGGCAUCAAUGGGGUUUUUAAUGCCUAUUGGGAUACUUGCUAUUAGAAUGUCAAAUGGAGAAGAAUGUGGAAGAAAGCUUCAAAUUCUUUUCUAUGUUCACGCAGUUUCACAGAUACUUUCAGUACUUCUUGCUACAACAGGAGCAAUUAUGUCAAUAAAAAACUUCAACAAUUCCUUCAACAAUCAUCAUCAAAGAUUAGGUGUAGCUUUAUAUGGCAUCAUAUGGUUACAAGCCUUAACCGGAGUUUUACGUCCAUGGAGGGGAUGUAAGGGAAGAACUGUCUGGUUUUUUGCACACUGGUUACUGGGAACUACAGUGUGUAUUUUAGGUGUAAUCAGCAUAUACACUGGAUUGGGAGCAUAUUAUGACAAGACAUCAAAGAGUACAAAGCUUUGGACCAUAGCUUUUACAGUUGAGAUCACUGUGAUUGUGUUGAUUUACUUGUUUCAAGACAAAUGGGUGCAUAUACAAAACCAAGGUGUACCAGUGAGACCUAGUGAAGAACACGGUUCAAUUGGUAAUGAAAAAGGAACCGACAAGUGAGCAUUAUUGAAGAAACAAAAAAGGGUUACAAAGUGACUUAAAUUUACUAACACAUUUCAUUUUUUGUUGGUGUUAGAAAAAAAAAAACAUGUUCAAAUGUUGGAUCAAUCUUUUGUUGGUGUUGGAACAAAAACAUGCUCAAAUGUUUGAACAAAGCAAAAAGAUGGCAACAGUUUCAAAAACCAUAAAAUGGGGUCAUCCACAAUCCAUAAAUCAGUCUAAAAGUUUCUUAUGAUGCUUUUGAAAAUCUCAUCUGCUAUGAUUUCAAAACUAAUGAAAAAACCUAAAAUAAACAAAAUAUUCUUAUAGUGAACUUUCAGAUUAUGCUAUGGUCAUGAGAAGUAUAUGAUACUCUUAUGCAUUAAGUCAAUAUUUUCUGCACAAGGAAAUAUUAGAGAAAAAAAUCAUAUAUUACUCCACUAGCAGGAAUUUUCAAUCAGAUUGGUUUGGCAUGCAAGAUUUGAUUGGUUAAAUUCUGAUAUUAGUCUUUAUAAAAUGCAUAAAUUAUGUAUUUAGCCCUUUUGUUUUAAUUUGGUCAAGAUUAUGGUAGCUAUUAUAUUUAUUAAGUUUUGCUAUUUUCAAA